UAAUAUCGUGUUGCGAAUAUACACAACAGUUAAAAAUGAAUUUCUUUUAGACCUCAGUUAAAGAAAAUGUCAAAGCCUAUGUCUGGAAAAGUGUGUUUGGUGACAGGAGCAACACGAGGAAUUGGUAAAGGUAUAGCGUUACAGCUAGGACAAGCUGGUGCAACAGUCUACAUAACUGGCAGGACUCUGACUACAAAUAAAGCUGAUCCUAUAGGAGGUUCCUUGACAGACACUGCGAAUGAGUUAAGUAAUAUAUUUCAAAAUGGAGCAACUAGCUUAUUCUUGAAAAAUAUGUUAUUGAAUAUUAUUAUUGAGAAAAGAGGAGGAUCAUGUAUUCCAGUACAGUGUGAUCAUGCAAAGGACGGUGACAUCCAAGCAUUGUUUAAUCGUAUUUCAAAAGAACAAGAUGGUAGGCUAGAUGUGCUGGUAAACAAUGCAUUUAAUACCGCUCAGGGUUUGAAAGAAAACAUGGGACAACCAUUUUGGGAGCAACCUAUUACAAUGUGGGAUGCUGUUAAUAACGUUGGACUCAGGAAUCACUACAUAUGUUCCGUGCAUGCAGCAAAACUAAUGACAGCAAGAAAGAAGGGUCUGAUUGUUAAUAUAUCGUCCAUGGGAGGACUUCAGUACACGUUUAGUGUCCCAUAUGGAGUAGGUAAAGAGGCUUUGGACAGAAUGGCAGCAGAUUGUGCUGUUGAAUUGAGAGCUAGUAAUGUUGCCUUUGUUAGUUUAUGGCCUGGUGCGGUAAGGACUGAAUUCUUUACACAUAUGGUUAAAACGCAAACAGCUGAUGGAUUUUUUAAUGCGGGACGAGCUGAAAAUGAGCCCAAGCUUGACUGUUCUGCAAUUUAUAGCAUAGCACUGAGUACUGAGUAUGAAGGAAAAGCAGUUUUAGCCUUAGCUUCGGAUAUAAACAUAAUGAAAAAAUCCGGUAAAGUUUUAAUGACUGCAGACCUUGGAUAUGAAUACGGAUUUAAGGAUAUAGAUGGUAGAGAACCGAUGAAUAUCAGACAACUGAGUACACUUAUACAAAUGAACCCAAAGACAAGAUGGCUGGCUAAUAUAAUUCCAAAUUUUAUUUACCUUCCAAAAUGGAUGUUGGCUUUAUCUGGAAAUAAGUUUUAGUAGUCAUAGUGCAAUUUUGUUAUACUUAUAUCAUGUGCAAUAGGAUUUUUGUUGCGUAUUGUUAUGUACAUUCAUGUUCCAACAGUAUUAGUACAUGUUCAGUCUGAUAAAAAGAAGUUUAUGUUGGGUUUCCAUCGCAAUUAAGACGAUUAACUCUUUUAACAUUAUUCGAUGUGUGUAAAAGUCGACGACAUUUGCGAUGCGAUGAUUAGAUAUGCGACUUAUAUAAUAAUAUAUCAAUUGAAUAAUCUAGAAUUAUAUUAUAAUUCAUUUGCAGCAACUAAUUGAACUUAAAUAAAAUGAAACACAUAAUUUCAA